AGAUCAUCUUUUAUAGGGAUGUGUUGUAUAGGAAAUUAUAAAGAUAAUUAUUUAUUAUCGUUAAUUAUUUUGUAUUUUCUAGUGUCAGAAUGCACCAAGCACAAAAUAUAUGAAAUGCACACCCAAACAAAAGAAGAGGAAGACUGAAAUGAAAUUUGCAGUUGGAACGAUCGUGAAAUUUAAUUGUGCAAUGUAUUUUAAACUGCAUAACACGCCACUUGUGAUAAUAGGAUGGACAGAGUGUGAUGAUUUGAAAUUGAGAGCCAAGAACCAAUCUGUAUGGUACUUAGCCUUUUCCGCAGAGCGGGAUGCACUUUGUAUUCGCGAAGACAAUUUAGAGAAGCUAAAUACUCCGACACUCAUUAAUAGUUGCCUACUCGGUGAAUAUUUCUCUGAAUUCAAAGGCACUUAUUACAUGCCAAAUAAGAUGUUAGCAACUGAGUAUCCAGACGAUGUAUUAUAUUUAGUUAACGAAUUGUAGCUCUUUUUUAUUGAUAUUCGUUUAUGAUAUAGAAUAUUUUCUAAACAUGAUACUGUUGUUCUACCAAAUAUUGACAACUGUAAAACAAUGUUUUAUAAAAUAAAAAUCUGAAAAGUAAUUGAGCAAUGCAUUUUAUACGUUAAUUAUAAAUACGAUACGCUUUUAUACCAUUUUAUAACAUGAAGAAAUUAUUGUUUAAAACUGUCUCCAGUGUAGUAGACUGAACUUUUAAAUUAACACCAUAUCACGCAGAAGGUGUAGAUAAGUCAUGAAAAGUUAAAAAAGUUAAACGUUAAAAAUAUUCUGAAAUUACUCAUAUAUGUAAUAUUAUAUUGUAUUAUAUUGUUAUUCAUCUAUUUUCCCAAUAAGCGAAACAGAAAAUACCAUAUUUGGUGAUGAAAUACUUUAAUGAUCGGUUCUUUCCAUUUUGCCAUGUUUGUUUUGUCAUCGACGAGGAAUGAUACGGUGUAAAAUUUUUGCGACAACUUAUUAUUUAAUACUUUAUUUUGUUUAUUUGUCAGCACUAUAUAAUCACAGCACAUAGGCAGCUCAUACACCUCCUCAAGUCCUCAAUCACCGGACCUCAAUCAUUUCGAAAAAAACCUUCUUGGAGAUGGUAUUAACAAAAGAUAUAGAUUUCUAAUUCAUAUCUUAAGGACUUCCAGUGUCUCGACUCUAGCGCCGACAUUUUAUAAGAUAAAUUAAAAAAACAAAUCUCUUUUUUUUCUUCAAGAGUUGCUUAAUAAAUGCCUCAUGUUCGAUUUUGUAUUUAUUUUGUUAUAUCUGCAGAAAAAAUUCCGGAAAAUGACAGUAAUUUUGACACGUCCAAGGUGGCCUAACCCCUUAAUAAAAGAUUUGAAAACAGCUCUUUAAGAAGAAUGGGACUCUCAUCAACUGUCAUGCAAGAGUGACUAAUAUACAGGGUGGCCCAUUUUAAUUUAUACAGUCGAUUUUUU